GAUCAAUAGGCAGUACCAAACACUUUUCUCUUCUCAUCUAUUCUGUACUAAGAUGAGCAAAAUGGGGUCACCAAAAGCCCUAUUACUUAGUGCUCUCAUAGUAGCAUUAGUCUCUCUAAGCUUCCCUUUAGAAACCACUGCAAAUAACUAUCUAUACUCAUCUCCACCACCUCCUAAGAAAUACCACCCAGUGCCUCCUUACCACUACAAGUCUCCACCACCACCCACACCGGUGUACAAGUACAAAUCUCCACCACCACCUCAUCAUCAUCACGAUAAGCCUCACCACCCACCCACCCCAGUGUACAAGUACAAAUCUCCACCACCACCGACCCCUGUUUACAAGUACAAGUCUCCUCCACCACCCCACAAGAAGCCUUACCACCCACCUACCCCAGUGUACAAGUAUAAGUCUCCACCACCUCCCACCCCUGUUUACAAGUACAAGUCUCCACCACCACCAACUCCAGUGUACAAGUACAAGUCACCACCACCACCCACCCCAGUUUACAAGUACAAGUCUCCACCACCUCCCACCCCAGUGUACAAGUACAAGUCACCACCACCACCCACCCCAGUUUACAAAUACAAGUCUCCACCACCUCCUACCCCAGUGUACAAGUACAAGUCACCACCACCACCCACCCCAGUUUACAAAUACAAGUCUCCACCACCUCCUACCCCAGUGUACAAGUACAAGUCACCACCACCACCCACCCCAGUUUACAAAUACAAGUCUCCACCACCUCCCACCCCAGUGUACAAGUACAAGUCACCACCACCACCCACCCCAGUUUACAAAUACAAGUCUCCACCACCACCCACCCCAGUGUACAAGUACAAAUCUCCACCACCACCAGUUGAGAAGCCAUACCACCCACCCACCCCAGUAUACAAGUACAAGUCUCCUCCACCACCCACCCCAGUGUACAAGUACAAGUCUCCUCCACCACCCACUCCAGUGUACAAAUACAAAUCUCCUCCACCACCCACCCCAGUGUACAAAUACAAAUCUCCACCACCACCCACCCCAGUGUACAAAUACAAGUCUCCUCCACCACCCACCCCAGUGUACAAAUACAAGUCUCCUCCACCACCCACCCCAGUCUACAAAUACAAGUCUCCUCCACCACCCACCCCAGUCUACAAGUACAAAUCCCCACCACCACCCACUCCAGUCUACAAGUAUAAGUCACCACCACCACCAAUCCCAGUGUACAAGUACAAAUCUCCCCCACCACCCACUCCAGUGUACAAGUACAAAUCACCACCACCACCCACUCCAGUCUACAAGUACAAAUCCCCACCACCACCAGUCAAGAAGCCAUACCACCCACCCACUCCAGUGUACAAGUACAAAUCACCACCACCACCCACCCCAGUUUACAAAUACAAGUCACCACCACCACCAGUCAAGAAGCCAUACCACCCACCUACUCCAGUGUACAAGUACAAGUCUCCUCCUCCUCCACACCACCAUGAGUACGUCUACUCAUCACCCCCUCCUCCUCACUACUAGAUCGAGUUAGCAACAAUACCAGUUGGAAAAAAGCAGAAGAUAUAUAAGUUGGCGAAAAUAAAAGGAGAAGAUAAAGAAGAUCCUCUCUCAUUAUUAUCAUUUAUAGAAACUAAGGCAAAAAGAAGCGAUUCUCCGCAUUUCAUCAUAUAUUAAAAAGAAAGAAAUUAAAAUAAAAGUGUGUUAUUUUGAGAGCAAUGUAUUAUGAUUAUAAUUAUUCGACAGUUGUAGUGCACUUAUAAUAAUUUGAUGUUUUGUUUUAAUUAUUUGUAUUUAUAUAUUUGUAAUUUGUGUCGUACAACUUUUUCGCACAACGCGGAGGUUGAUCAAUCAUAAUAAUAAAAAUAAACUCAUUUUUCUA